AUGGACAUUGUUGUUGGAGUUGCCAUUGGAGCCAUCACUGAAGUGGUUAAGUAUUUUGUUUCUCCUUUCACGCGUCGCAUCAGUUAUCUUGUUCAUCACAAGAGAAAUGCUAAUGACCUUAGAAACCAAAUAGCAAGACUCGGAAAAGUGAAAGAGGAUGUACAAAGCUUUGUAAAUGCAGCUCACAUGAGAGGAGAAGUGAUCAGAGUGGUGGUGGAAGGUUGGUUGAUAAAAGUGAAUCAAAUGCAGUCUAAGGAGAUGGAAUUGCAGAAUGCAUUGGAAGAGAGCAAGGGAUGCCUCCAAGGGGGUUGCUCAGGGCGUUAUCAAGUAGGGAAAAAUGCAAAACAUAUGAUUGACGAAGUCAAAGAGCUCCUAAAUGAAGGCGGAACAUUUGCUGCUGUGUCAGAUCCUUCUCCGCUUCCUCCCAGCAUAGAAUCCAUGCAAACGCUAGAUUUUCAAGAGUUUGGUUCCACCAAAUCAGCCAUGGACCAAAUCAUGAAGGCUUUGAAGGAUGAGGAUAUUAACAUGGUUGGUGUAUAUGGGAUGGCAGGGGUUGGAAAGACAACCUUGAUGAAAGAAGUUGCUAAAAUUUUGAAAAAAGACGGGUUGUUUGAUCAAGUUAUGAUGGUCACUGUGUCUCAAGACCCGGUCUUGACGAAGCUCCAAGGAGAAAUUGCUGAGAACUUGGGGCUACCACUUACACAAGCGUCCCUAUCUGUUAGAGCAAGAUUUUUAUUAGACAGCUUGAAGGAGAAACGAAUCCUCCUAGUCUUAGAUGAUUUGUGGGAACAACUAAAUUUACUAGAGGAGCUAGGAAUUCCCUGUGGAAACAAUUGCAAAGUAGUUCUCACAACAAGACGGCUCGAAGUGUGUAAUCAAAUGAAGACCCAAUCCAAUGUUGAAGUAAAAGUUCUAUCAGAAGGAGAUGCAUGGGUUCUAUUCAAAUCUGUUGUUGGGGAGCGUAUAGAGGAAGACAAUAUGCUAUGUUCAGUGGCAAAUCAAGUUGUUAGAGAAUGUGGGGGUUUGCCCCUAAUAGUCGUUGUAAUUGGAAGUACACUGAGAGAUAAGGAUCUAAGUACAUGGGAAGAUGCGGCUAGCGAACUCAAGAAAUCAAGUUCAUCACCACCGGAUAUUGAAGGUCUGCAUAAAAAAGUUUUUUGCCCCAUAAAAUGGAGUUAUGACUUUCUUGAUAAUGAUGCCACCAAAUUUUGCUUCUUGCUUUGUUGUCUGUUUCCUGAAGACUCUAUAAUUUCUGAGGAGGAUUUGCUUCCUUAUGUGGUGGGGGAGAGGGUGUUUGGAAAUAUUCACACCCUUACGGAAGCAAGGAAAAGGUUGCACACGCAAAUGGAAAGACUUAAGCGAUCAUGCUUAUUAUUAGAUGAUCAUAAAAAGGAAGGAUGUGUAAGAAUGCAUGAUGUUAUUCAGGAUGUGUCGAUUUGGAUUGCAUCCAGUGAAGGUCAUGAUUUUGUUGUAGUAUCCGGUAGACCAUUGACAAAUUGGCCUGAUGGGGAGACCCUAAGGAAAUGCAAGCGACUUUCAUUAAUGCGAUGUGAAAUUAAGAAACUCCCCAAUUGGCUUGAUUGCUCUCAGCUGAUGACCUUAUCCUUGAGAGACAAUAAGUGGUUGUGGGAAAUCCCUGAUGGAUUUUUUCAAGGGAUGAUAUCAUUGAAGACUCUAGAUCUGAUCAACACAUUUUAUGUUUCAAUACCAUCUUCGUUGUCUUGCUUGACGAACCUUCGAGCGUUGCGUAUUAGUGGAAAUCAGGGGACUUUUGAUGUAUCGUUGCUUGGGAAGUUGAAGAACCUCGAAAUACUUCACCUACCUCGAUGCAGUGGAUUACAAUUACUGCCAGAAGAAAUAGGAGAGCUCACAAAUCUGAAGUUGUUGGAUUUGUCAAAUAAUCAGAACUUGAUUAUUGCCCCGAAUACUCUAAUGAGGCUGUCUCUCUUGGAAGAACUUGAUCUUAAGAAGAGCUUUCAUGAGUGGGAGAUAGAAGAAGACGACAGAAUAAGAAGUAAGAAUUGUUGCUUAUACGAGGUUGGAUCUUUGUCUGCUUUGACUAAACUAAAAAUAAGGGCAUCGAAUAUCAAAUGUUUGUGUGCAAAGAAUAAUAAUAAUAAUAUCCCAUUUCACUGGGAAAACCUGACAUCCUUUGAAGUAAUUGUUGGAAUUAAGGAUUGGAAGUAUGUGCAACAUGAAGUCAAGGCAUGCGCCAGAUGGGUGGUCUUUUCUGGAGCCAUCAUACCUAAUUCACUUUCCGAUUGGAUGAGGUGGAUCAUCUUUUUGUUGGAACGAACAGAAGGGCUACAGCUCCAAGAGUGUCGUGGUCUUAAGUACGGUCUAAGCAGCCUAAUUGGUGCAGAUUCAGGAGCAGGAGCAAGGGCUUUGAAUAACUUGCGGAUUCUCUUUGUUAAGGAUUGUGGUUAUGUGGAAUAUCUUUUGAGUACUAAUGUUGUUGAUUAG